CAAGUAACUUGGAAGAAUACAGAGGCAAUGCCGAAAUCUAGAGGGAGAAUUUGUUUUGUUUUGUUUUUUUUCCUUUUUGCGGUAACAAAAAAAGUUUUUGUCGACACAAAUGUGCUUUAAAACCAAAUCUGACCUCUGCCGGAACGUGUUCAGAAUGGGAAUUUCAACGUUUCUCUCAUACGUGCUGCAGAUGCAACUUUUAACGGAACGUCCUUAAAGCUUCCAUCUGACUCGGCGCUGGAGUAAGAGUAGAGAGAAAGUUGGGACGUCUUCAUGCGAAAAUAAACAUCAUGUCAAUGGAAACAGAAUGGUAGAACCUUUCCCAGAGGGAACACAGAUGGCUAUAUUUGGUAUGGGCUGCUUCUGGGGAGCUGAGAGGAAGUUUUGGAGACAGAAAGGAGUCUACUCCACUCAUGUGGGUUACGCAGGAGGGUAUACUCCAAAUCCUACCUACAAAGAAGUCUGUUCAGUAAAGAGUGAAGGCCUGACUGCAGCCACUGAAGAGCUAUUUACAGAACACUGCUACCUCCCCUAUGUCCUGAACUGCAGGGACAUCCACGGUGCACUCAUCCCACUGUCAUCUCCUACCAAUCGGGAGCUUAUCUUUGCUGUAUUGUCAAGCACACUGGACAGGAACCAAAUUGAUUUUAUCAAAAUUUUCAUUACAGGUAGAACUGGCCACAUGGAAGCUGUACGAGUGGUAUAUCAGCCAGAAAACAUCAGCUUUGAGAAACUGCUCAAGGUCUUCUGGGAGAAUCAUGACCCGACACAAGGAAUGCGUCAAGGUAAUGACAUUGGCACUCAGUAUCGUUCAGCCAUCUACACCUUUUCCCAAGAACAGAUGGAAGCUGCCUUGAAAUCUAAGGAAGAAUAUCAAAAGGUAUUGACAGAAAGCGGUUUUGGUGCCAUCACAACAGAAAUCCGGGAGGCUCCGGAGUUUUAUUACGCUGAAGAUUACCAUCAGCAGUACCUCAGCAAGAACCCCAACGGAUACUGUGGCCUCGGGGGAACGGGGAUUUCCUGCCCCAUCGGGAUCAGGAAAUAGCUUGUGCUCAUGGCACCCCCAGUGCUUUGUUCUAGGGGGUUGUUCUGAAAAGGCCGACAGCAAUGAGAGGUGUUCCGGUACCCACAGCAUCAGCACAUCAAGAUUUGGGAUGGCUUGCUGUAAUCUGAGCAGCUUCCUGUUCAUUGACAUUAAAAGCCAAGGAGAUUUGGAAAUUUUGCUUGCUGGCCAAUGCAGCUUCUUGCUCUGUGCAGUUCCCUGGUUUCCUCAUGAGCUUGAAAUUUAGAGAGGAAAGAAACUUCUUAAAGUUUGGCUUGAAACGCUGCUAAAGGGAUGGAUUGUGGGGUGGCUGCACCCAUUAAGCACUUUGCAUAGCUAAUGUCUAUAGGCAUACUUAUUUUCUUGGAUUGAUGAAUUUGUUCAUGCUUUAGCUUUGACUUCUGGAGACAUAGCUGAGCUCAUCUUAGCUAUCACAACCCUGUAAUUUGAUGUCUUUGAGAAUGAUGAAUUUAGAAGAUCAGUAAUUCUCUCACAAUUCCACUUUUGCUGCAACGUGUAAUAUCACCUAUAGUGCCUAUUUUCUGAAGCAAUUUUAGUAAGAAAAAGUAAAAAUUGUGAUGUGAUACUUUUGACAGUUCCAAAAAAUGUACAAACACAGAAAGAAAUCAAUUUGGUUUCCUGCACUACAAUAAAUUACAAAGACAGGAAAGAAAAA